CCUAUUGUGCCUUUGUCUCCCACUUUUCAAAUGACGAGAGAGGGCAACGAUGCGUGUCAAUUGGUUAACCAAAUGGCAGUGUUCUGCAGCGAUUGACAUUCUGCGAUUGCUUAAUCAUCGUUCGUAUCGUUCAAGGAAAGCGUGACUAGUGGCUAACUCUUUUGGUCGGCGCUACAACGUGGAUGUAAAAAGAGCUGACGGCCGGCGGGAUGGAUGUCAGUAGGUUACGCACUCAAAGGCUUCUGGCUGAUUCAUCUCUUCGAGAUGCCCUUCUUCCUCCCCAUCUAUCCGUUGCAUUUUUUUCUUACUGGAUACAGUCAGGGCCAUGUGCCAGCUAGGUUAGGUCAAUGCUCAGAUAUAGCCAUAUGAGCGAAGGAGAAAGAGCCCAUGCUGUUAUUACGUACCAACUUUGCUAGGAGCAAGAAGAGCCCACCCACUCUCUGUUAUGAUGUCUAUGCUGGAGUUUGGCGCUGCGGUAGGAGAAGAAGAUCCAAUUGCAUUGCCAAUAGUCCAGGAAACGAAAUAAAAAAAAACAAAAACGUUUCCUUUUGGUCUGCCGGACGAGCGGACAGACGGAUACCCCGGCAACGGGUCAGUGGACACACAUUUAUUGUUGUUGUCCUCUGGCUAAAGUGGCCCUUUGAAAGAAGGUGGAGUUGAGUGUCCCCCUUCCAUCUUAAUCGGUUCGCCUAGCCGAGCCUCGUGUGUACGUGCAUAACAUAUACAGGUGCAUCGAGAGAAUCUAGGACGUUCUUACCUGCUGCCCUAUUGCCUGCGUACCUUACCUUUGCCUUUUGUCUUUUUUCUUCCUCGUCUUCUGUCGGCCGACGAGGAGGAGGAGGGCUAAAGGAGUUGGGUGGUAACCUGAAGCGCUUGACUCUCUCCCCACCUACUCGACUCGUUCUCUGUGUCAUCGACGUCGGCCUUGUCUGACCGAGUUUUUUCCCAAACCGACUCCUUCCACCGAUUCUCCCGCCUCCCCUUAGCCACAAGUGCCGGCACACCCGCAUGAACAAAAUAAGAGAAGCUAAAAGAAAAUUCCCGCCUCUUGUCUCGCAUUGCUUCAUCCAGCUCUGCUGGAACAAGCUACAUCAAACCCGGACGGAGUCGAAGUCAACAUCGGCAGUCGUUCUUCAACUCUCCGCGAGCUCAAGUUCUUCUACAUACACCGGCUGCCGAGUUGUUUGUCCUACACGCCAGUCUAUCCCCUGAUUGUAUUCUUAACCACACCGCAGUGGUUCCAGUGCCCACUUUGCUUUCUGUUGCGUUCAAGUGAUCAGUGUGACCCGUCCCGUGUUUACUACUUCAACUUCCAGUUCCCGUUGGUGGGUCAGACAGCAACCAUGCUGGCCCCACGAAGCUGUUUGACGGUGAUGAUCGUUUUGGGAGCAGUUCCUCUUCUUUUGGCUUUUCCAUCUGGUCAGACUUGGUUCAUUCAUCACUCGGGCCAGGUAGCGCGGCCGGUUAUGAUCAAUUCCAGUCCCGUCUCUGACGAGUUCCCCAUUCCGCGCUUCUCACUACCUGGACUAGCAGCCUCGCGGCGCCAGGACGGACCCUUUCAAGCUUCCGGUUCCAACAACCUUCAGAACGAACCUCCUGUUCACGUGAAACCGGGAGACAAGGUUUCGUUGAUCGUGCGUAAUCAAAACCCACUGGAACCGCAAAAGUUUGUCGACGUCGGGGCUCUUCUGUUGGAUUUGCAAAAGAUGCAACCGAGCUCGGAUGGUUCCUAUCACGUGUUUCUGGCACCGCCCAACUACCCCCAACCGUCUGGAGGUCAAAAGUUUGACGUGACCUACGUCGGUGCCCCGCAGCGAGAACAACAACCCGACCCGCGCAAUCCCCAUCCGCCUCUCUUCGUGGCGCCGCUCGAUUACAGCGUGCCGCAAGGCUACGGACGCGUCCAAAUUCCAAUUCAGAAUGUUAAGUUUGCGCCUCAUUCGCAGUUGCAGCAGGUUCAGCAACAGCCUCAGCAGGUUCAGCAACAGCCCCAACCCCAAUUUCAGCAAGCUCAACAGCAAUUGAGACAACCUCAGCCGCAAUUCCAGCAGGUGCAGUUCCAGCCGCUUCAAGCCCAACCGGUGCAGUUCCAACAGCCUCAGCUCGUACAGUUCCAACCGCCUCAAAGUCAUCCGGUUCAGUUCCAGUCAAACCAGCCCCAACCGGUGCAAGCGCAAUUCACGACACCUCAACCCCAGCCGGUUCAGUUCCACACAGCAGAUCCCCAAUCGGUGCAAUUCCUUGCACCUCAACCGGCGCAGUUCCAGCCACCCCAACCGGCUCAAUUCCAGCCACCUCAGCCUCAACCGGCGCAAUUCCAGCCACCUCAGCCUCAACCGGCGCAAUUCCAGCCACCUCAACCUCAACCGGCGCAAUUCCAGCCACCUCAACCGGUGCAAUUCCAAGCACCUCAACCACAACAGGUGCGGUUCCAACCACAAUUUCAGCCUCCCCAGCCGCAAUUUCAACCGAUCCCAUCUCAACAACCGCAAUUCCAGCCACAGUUCCAGAAGCAAACGUUCGUUUCAGACGUACAGCGUCCUCAGUUCCAGCAACCUCCUCCAUCAAGCUUCGAGCAGUCCUUGUCCGACGUUCGCCUGCAAACAGGGUUUGUUCCAUUCCAAACGCUGGAAGAAACUGCAACUUCUCCACCACCGCCACCACCUUCUCCGCCAACUCAACCGGCUUCAAAACCAGUCGCCAGAGAGCCACUAGUUUUGGCUGUGGAAUCACCUGAAUUUUUGGAACUCAUUAAGCCGCGUCCAGUUCCUCAGGUUGUUGAAGUUGUUGACGAUGUUCCAGUAUCCGAAGCUCCCCGGACAACAAUCCAACCGGCUGUUGCUGUUCCAGUUGAAGAAAUUGUCGAACCUGUUAUUGAAUUGAAACCGGUCGACGUCGAUAUUGUUCCGGCCCCUUUCCAAUCGGCACCGGAAGUUGCAGCGGCGGUCACGUUGAUUCCGCCUCCAGCGGAAGAUAGCCCCCUGCCAGCUCCUACCCCCGCCUUCGAGCAGACAAUUCCGGCUGCCAUCCCUAUUCCAGCUCCGCAAGUUUCAGAGCCAACUGAAUCGCCCACUGGCCGUCCAUUGAAGAAGAGGCCCAUCAAUCGCGUGCCCCUGGAAGGUGGCGUUCCCAGAUGGCCGGAUUUCCAGAGCGUCCGUCAACGUCAGCAGCUUCAACGUCAACAAAAUCGCAAGAAAGUUCCAGCGUCUACCACAAACAACUUUGAAUCAGCAGGCGAGGACCAGCCUGAAGAUCCGAUUGAAGCUUCGUUCGGUCAAAAGAUUAGAACCAAAGUCAAGACCAACUCUUUGGUGUCACCCCCACUUCCGGUGCAGCCCCAGGUCGUCGUGGAAGAACCCAAGGUUGAGUCGUUCAUUGUUGAAGAACCAGUUUUGAAACAAUCGCAGUCAGCCUCUUUUGAUCUUGAUCCACCUGUCGACGAUCGCGAGGAAUCAUUCCAGACGCUUGAAUCACAGAACGCUGCCUCCGGCAACCAGCGUGGAAGAAUUCGGUUUAACAGACCCAACAUAAACGUCAUUCCUUUUGAAGUUUCAAGCGAACCGUCAGUUCCAGUACGACAAACUGUCAGCACAUUAGUUGGUGGAAGAGGUCGUAUCCGACUCAACUCGGCUAGUUUCACUACUUCUACAACUGCAGCUCCGACAGACGCCGCUACGACAGCACAUACUGUCGCGCCAACCACGGUCACGACGAUGAUUCCGACGACGACCGCACCGACAGCCCCGCCGACAACCGCACCGACAGCCCCGCCGACAACCGCACCGACAGCCCCACCGACAGCCCCACCGACAGCCCCACCAACAGCCCCACCGACAGCCCUACCGACAGCCCCACCGACAACCGCAUUACCAGCCGUGGCAACGACAGUUCCAACCGUCGCACCGACAGUCACUCCAGCGGCCACAACAACAGCGCCUCCAACGGUAACAUCAACAACUUCUCGGUUUGUUGACUCGGUUUCAGCGCAAGAACCAGCUGGUGAAGAAGAAAUCCUUAGGGGAGAUAGUCCUAGUGUUCUAGUCGAAGAAGAUGUUCCAGCCAUCGAGGAGGAAGAUCUUGCCUUGGAGGAAGAGGACGAAGAAGAACAACCAGCAGUGGCUGUUGAAGAUGAAAAAUCUGUUGAGCCAGCGGAGAAACCUUGGUCUCCUUACGAGGCCAUCCAGCGCCAGAGGGAGACAACUGUCGAGCCGGAGGUGACGAGUCAACUCCUUUCUAACAAUGGGCAGCCACUCCGCGUUCGCGGAAAGACCACUUUCUCUUCGUCGCGCAUUCCCCUGCCACCCGUCAGACCGGAAGCUCCCAACAGACAAGUCGUCCUGCGACCAGUGACUGUCAUCAGGCGACCGUUACCUCCAUCCGUCCGCAUAACAAAGCCAAUCUUUGGCAUCCAGGAGCAGCCAAACGUCCGCACGCAAGAAGAUUUCAUCCCACCUCAAUCGCUGGAAUUCGGCAUCCGCGAUGGAGUUGAACAGAAACCGGCCUUGAUCAACAAUCCACCUGUCCAACUUCAGCUCCCGAUCGGCCGUCGUGUUCCCGAAAAUCGUCCCGGAUUACAGAACAUCCGCAUCAAUCGUCCCACGACGGAGGCUCCAACGACCACCACCGCUGCGCCCAUCGUCGAGGAAGAGCCAGCGGAUGUUGUUCAAGAAGAGGCCGAUGAAUUGGUGACGGAUGAUCCAACCUUAGCUAACGAUCAGUUAGCGGAAGAAGAGGUGGUAGAAGCAGAAGGAAACAUUGAGGGAGCAGAAGAAGAAGAAGAAGAGGAAGAAGAGGUCCUUAUGGAUGAAGGAGAAGGAGAAGAGAACGAAGAGUUUGUUGAACCCGAUAAUGUUGAUGAAGUCGAACCUGUUGGCAGUUCGACUUCCGCGCCGACAACCGGGCCAACAAUGACCAUAGCCGAGGCGUUCUCGGAGAUUCCCGAAGAACAAGACGUCGCUGAAGUGGAUGAAGGUGUUGUCGAGGAAACCACCAAACCGGCAACAGAACAACACACUGUGACAACGACGACAGAAGCCGCUGUUGUCCUGGAGCCUGAAACUGCAGUAGAAGAAGAAGAGGAGAGCGUCGUCGAAUUGGCUGCAGGUAACCAGGUGGACGACCAAUCGAACCAGAAAGAACUGGCCGAUGACGAUCGCCAAGUGCUGGGCGUUUCCACGGCCACGGAAGUGUCUCUCAUGUACGAGCUGUGCUACAGAGGUCGCUGCGUCCGUGUUCACGAAUAAGAUGGAAAUCACACGCGCCUGCGCCUGUGCAACGUGUUUGAUUUUUUUCUGCAAUCAUUUUGAGGUAUAACUUGAUUUAUCAUCCACCUGUCCUUCCUCCACCAAGUCCAAUACUGCUCAACAAUUCUCGUUGACACGCUAUAUCACAAUGUAAAAAAAAAAAAAAAAAUUAAUUUCAAAGUAUCGAACGUACGUACGCAAUCAGAGAUGUAAAGGAGCUUGCGCACGGCUGGUCCGUUGGAUGAGAUCAGAUUUGAAAUAUUGUUAUGUUCACCAUAGUUGUAUGAAAACGACUUUAAAGAGCCUUUUGCGUACCGAGGUGAAGGUGAUCGCAAUCUUAAAAAUACCAUGUGUGCAUGACAAGUGUGUGAAUGUGUGAACUAUUUAUUCCCCCAUGUAAUCACCUUCCCCAAUGACCUUAUUCACCAGCAAAAAAACAAAAUUAGCUCUUUUAUUUUGAUGUAAUCCAAUCAGAAUUUUUGGGGACCCGUACAUUUGUUUUCCCCCCACAAUUAAUCCCCCCCCCCCAAAAAAAAAAAAACACACAUAUUUUUUACUAAUCGAAGGCCGUUUUUCCUAUUACAUUUAUCGAUUGUUGUCAGCGAGGAACAUCACAAAUACAAAAUUUUACUGCUUUA